UUGCCAUCAUGUCCGGCUCUGCGGGGACGAGUGGACGCAGCAGCCGCGAGCCGAGCAAGGCCAAGGCCAAGGCCAAGGCCAAGGCCAAGGACAAGGCCAAGGCCAAGGCCAAGAGCAAGGCCAAGGCCAGAGGUCGCGAGGCCGAGUUCCGUGAGCAGUUUAACCUCCCCACCUCGGAGCAGCUCAUUCAGGACUACACGUGUGCGUUUCAGCGGGAUGUGCUUGUGCAUGGGCGGAUGUACGUGUCGCAGAACUAUGUCUCGUUCUGUGCCACGGUCUUUGGUUGGGUCACGCUCGUCAUUAUUCCGUUUGCAGAGAUUGUGGCCAUCGAGAAGCGCAAUGCUGCUCUGGUCUUCCCCAAUGCCAUCGCCAUUCGCACAAGGAGAAAGGACAAGUACUUUUUCGCUUCGUUUAUCGUCCGCGACUCCGCCUUUCGUACCCUCACCUUUCUGUGGAAGAACGCCACGUCGGACGAGCCCAUUCCGGUGGAGACCAUGCUCUCCAUGUCAAAGUCGCAGAUUGACGACUACAUUCUUCGUGAGAGCCAGGCCGAGGCCAACGGCGAGCGUGCUCGCCGAUCGUCGGCCGCGCCGUUUGCGCUCAGCUCUUCGAUCCCGAACAUCCAGUUUGGGCUGCAGGAGUUCAAGGCGCCGACGCCUGGCGGCUCGGCUGCGCCGUCGAUCGACGGCUCGUCUGACGACGGUGGUGUCUCGGGCGGCUCGGCGCUGACGGCUGACGACGGAUCGAGCGAGUACGAGUACGAAUACGUCGAGGUGGCCGACGAUGGUGGCUCGGCGUCGGGCGGCGACGGGUCGUCACGUGCCGCGAGCGGGAGCGGCUCCGACACGGGCAACGAGCUCCACCCCCGGGCCGAGGCAGGGGCACCGUCGGGGCCUGUUGCGGCGGCGGACGCCGGGCCGCGACGCGCGUCCAGCCUCCCGGCAGGCGCCGGGCCGCGCAUGGCAGUGUCGAUGCCACGCAUCGCGCUGGAGAACGCGGCGCGGCAAGCUGCCGGUGAGGUUGCUGGCGGUGUAGGCGGCGGCAUUGGCGAGGGGCGGACCGAGUCGGAGCUCUCGGGCAUCGACUCGACCAUGGGCAGCGAGUCGGGCGCGAGCUCGGCAGCGACGCGUCCAGCAACGCCAGACAUCACGCUCACUCUCGCAAGCGACCGGACCGGCACGGGCAGCGACGGCGGAGCGGCCGCGGGCGUCAGCAGCGGCGGCUCAGCAGGGGCACCCGAACCUGCUACCAGCACCGUGACGCCCCGCAAGCCUGGAUGGGACGAGUUCCCGCUGUCCAAUGCCUCGCUCCUCGGCUGCGGGUGUGCUCCGGACGACCACCACGAGCACGACCACGUGAAGGAUGUGGAGCUGGCGGUGACGGUGGAGGGGCUGUGGGAGCUCAUAUUCGGCGACAGCUCGAGCUUUCAGCAAGAGCUCUUUGACGAGAUUGGAAACACGGACCUGGCGUUUGAGGGUCCAUGGGCGCCGAGCGCAGCGGAGGGCGGGCGGCCGAGCCGUGUGCAAAGCUUCAAGCAGACGGUCAAGUCACCGCUGGGGACUAAGACGGCGUCUGUGACCGAGACUCAGGUCCAGGUGCGAUGCAACGCAGCACGCGCGGUGAUGGAUGGGGUGACGAUUUCGGCCAACGUGCCGUACGCCGACCACUUUGUCAUCCACAACCGGUACUGCUUCACGGCGCUGUCGGCGACGACGACACGGGUCAAUGUCUCAUCGGAGAUCGAGUGGAAAAAGUCGACGUGGCUCAAGUCGACGAUCGAAAAGGCGGCGACGGCGCGGACCAAGGAGUACAUGCUGACAUGGCUCGAGUUUCUCAAGCGCAAGGUGGCGGAGCGGAACGCGGCACGGCUCAAGCCAGCGAGUGGGGCGGCAAGCGCAGCGAAUGGAAGCGGGAGUGGAGGCAAGAAGCGGGUCAAGUCGAUGCGUCCGCGGAGCGCGCGGCGGGCGGUCUCGGUUGUCCGGCGGGCACGCAACCGCAAGUCUGGUGGCGCAUCGCGGCGGAGCUCGCCGGCAGGUGAGGGAGGCAAGACCCUGAGGCCUUUGACAAGCGACGGCGCGGCUUCGCUCUUCUCGUCACCUGCGGGCGUUGCCGUUCUCGGUGCGCUGGUCUGUGUCGUCCUCGGCCUCGGGCUCAUGUUGUGGACAGUGUCUGGUCGGCUGGCGAGCCUGCAGGCGUCUGUGGAGCAGUGGCAGGUGGCAAGCUUGUUUGAUGACGACGCGGGCCGGCACCAAGUGCCGGAGCGGUCGACGUGGUAUGUAGACGAGCACCGGGCGCUCGAGACACAGUUUUCCGAGUGGCAAGACCAACUGGCGGCCAUGCAAGUGACGCUGGUAGCGACGCAGCGGGCGUUGCGGGAGCUAUCGGCCGAGGUGGCGGCCUCGCAGAAGCGCAACAUGCUCCUCGACGUCCAGGUCGGGUGCGUGCAGGAGGCGCUGAGCUCGGGGCGCGACGUGGCGGCCACCUGCUUUGCUGGCGGGCCGAGGGUGGCGAGUGCUGAGAGCACGGCCGCGGCCUCGGUGGGCGGCACGUCGUGGUUCAGCUGGGCGGGAGUGAUGGUGGGACUGGUCGCCGCCGCCGGAGUGGUGGCGAUGGUGCUGCGGUCGAUGGAGGUGGUGUGAGGUAAAGCGGUUCACGCGAGGC